AUGGGUUGCUGCCUUAGCGCAGAAGACCGGGAAGCCCACGAGGCCCACGAGAGUAUCGAGUCCCAACUCAAACGCGACCGUGCCAUAUUGCGCAACGAAGUCAAGAUGCUCUUGCUCGGCGCUGGAGAGUCUGGCAAGUCGACCAUCUUGAAGCAAAUGAAACUGAUCCACGAGGGAAGCUACUCCAAGCAAGAGCGUGAGGCAUUCAAGGAGAUCAUCUACUCCAACACUGUUCAAAGUAUGCGUGUGAUUCUGGAGGCGAUGGAUAACAUGGCGCUGCCACUGUACCAUGGUAGCAACCGCAACUAUGCAGUCGUGGUUAUGAGGCUGCCCCCACAGAUCGAGGGUGAAAGCAUGCCACACGAGGUUGCUGUUGCCAUUCAAAACCUCUGGCUCGACCCUAACGUACAACAAGCCUACUCUCGCAGUCGCGAAUACCAACUGAACGACUCUGCCAAAUAUUACUUUGAUUCGAUCGACAGGAUUGCAAACCCAUCAUACUCUCCAACGGAUCAGGACGUGCUCCGAUCUCGAGUCAAGACGACGGGUAUCACUGAAACAGCCUUCAGAAUUGGCGAGCUUACAUACCGGAUGUUCGACGUGGGCGGUCAGAGAUCCGAGCGCCGCAAGUGGAUCAACUGUUUCGAGAACGUCACGGCAGUGGUGUUCCUGGUGGCGAUUUCUGAAUACGACCAGUUGUUGCUCGAAGACGAGACGGUGAACAGAAUGCACGAAGCCCUCACACUGUUUGACUCGAUCUGUAACUCACGCUGGUUCGUCAAGACGUCCAUUAUCUUGUUCUUGAACAAGAUUGAUCGCUUCAAGGAGAAGCUACCCCUCUCGCCGUUGAACAAAUUCUUCCCAGAUUUCGAUGGUGGCGACGACUACGAGGAGGCAUCACAAUACAUUCUCGACCGGUUCGUGAACCUCAGCCUGUCAGAAACGAAGCAGAUCUAUGCCCACUUCACAUGUGCAACAGACACGACCCAGAUCAAGUUUGUCAUGUCAGCCGUUAGCGACAUUAUCAUCCAAAACAAUCUCCGCGACUGCGGCCUCCUGUAA